ACCUAGUCAAGUGGAGAGGCUGGUCUCCUAAAUAUAACACGUGGGAGCCAGAGGAAAAUAUUCUGGACCCGAGACUUCUCGUCGCUUUCCAAAACAGUGACAGAUGGGGGGAGCACACAAGAGCGGGAGAGAACUCGUGCGCAGGCGCGCCAUGAUAUAUGACUGAAUUUAAUUGCGCGGUACACCAGUGCCACUGUCAGCACACAGCCAUUAAAGGAUGUUUACAUAUAGACGUGGCCAAAAAAUGUGAUCCUUCGAGACACCUUGUAAUCCUUGUGGAAUCAUUUAACAUCAACAAACGUGCCGCUGUUUCAAUAUUGUACUGUUAUACAUUUUGUCUGGUUUGGCUGACAGUUUUCGCGUUUAGACGUACUCUCUAAAUGCCCUAAACCUGCGGUAUGCCUACAUAGUGUUUUCCAUCAAGCCGAGGUACACACACACACACACACACACACACACGCACACUAAUUGACUGCAUUUUGCCUUAUAAAUGGCCUUUUUUUUUUUUUGUGGCUACACAUGCAUUCACGCCUCCUCGAAAUUCCCCACACAUUUUUGUCGGGUAUUCAUCCCCUUUGACUGGCAUCUGUGUGCACCAUUAGCGGUCUCCCUCGUGACGAGGAAUUCUGUUUGGAGUAAUUGCACGCGCCCCUAGAGCAUAACAUCAUUCUAGGUCGUCUAAUUAGGUUUUUGCAAUAUUGUUUUGUAGAUGGUCGAUGGGAAAAGAGCUGAUGGCCCAUUUCUCUACAGCCCAUAGACAUAGUUUGAGUUAACAAAUAAAUAACCCAUUUGAAGAGCCUGUCAAAUAACCUUUAAUAGCAGUAUUACUGACAUUGAUGGGACAGAACCAUUUAUUAAUGAGUUUGGUCAUCUUUCUGUUUUUCUUUUUCUUUCUUUUUUUAUCCUUUCUUUCUAACUGGAAUUGUCCACCAAAUUAGUAAACAAGGUGUGUGUGCUGUCUAAAGCAACACAGAAUGUUAUUUAUUUUAUGUGAGCAAAUUUUAUGUAAUGCCACUGGUGGGCAAUGUAAAGUACAUGUUUUAAAGAAUACACAAAACAUUGACUUGCCUCAUAAUGGGACAAAUGGUCUGAAUAAAUCAAAAGUUAAAUAUAUUUGUGCCAUGUGUUUCUUUCUGUCAAGACUUUGUAAAUCUAAAGCUCUUUUCUAUUCAGGGAAAGACAAGAGCAGCUAAUGGGUUAUCGCAAACGAGGGCCAAAACCAAAACAUCUACUCCUGCAGGUACCAUCAUUUGCUCGAAGAUCCAGUGUUCUUACAGACCUUCAGGAGGUGUCUCAGGAUGAGGAUAACCAACCCAAAGCAACUCCAGACCUGGUCCAAAGCCAGCAAUACCAGCUUAACAGCAAGAAGCACCAUCUCUACCAGCCCAACCCAAAAGACAAGCAGGGAGAUGCACAAACAAAUGGGAAAAAGAAGCACUACUACCAGCUCAACAGCAAGAAACACCACCACUAUCAACCAAACCCUAAAAUGUAUGACUCCCUGUAUCAAAGGGUCAGAGAGACCAAAGUUCCUGAGUUAACUGACAAGGAAUGGAAUUUAUCUCCAGCUUUACAGCAGAAAUGGGUUCAAGAUAAUGAUUCUGGGUGCCUCAGUAAGGUGAGGAAUAUUACAAUGGAGUUGAAAAAGCUUUCUAAACUAAAUGGUAGAGCUGACUUAAAUGUGAACGCAAAGGAGGACACAGCACCGCCCAAUGGAAUAAGCAGCAAAUUGAAGAUUGUGAAGAACAAGAAUAAAAACGGGCGCAUUGUCAUUGUCAUGAGCAAGUACAUGGAAAAUGGCACCCAGGCAGCUAAAAUUAAGAAAGGAACGGCCAAUGCUAAGGAAAAACGGCAAGCACAGGACUGUAAGUCCUGUGGAACAGAUGAGAGCACAGAGAAGAUAAAGUACACAAAGAAGCAAAGUCUUGUGAAAGUGAUAAAAAAGGACAGCAAAGCUGAGUCUGCCUGUUUGGGGCUUUCCAAUGGACUAUCAUCUUGUAAAGGGGACAAUCCUAAAAAAGCAUGCUCCGUACUGUUUGAGCCAAACAACUCAAAGAAGCCUGACAGCACUGAAGAGCCUGCAUUUGAUGAACAACCCAUGAAACUGACAACCAAAACCAGUCUCCAGUCUCAGACUCCAUUGCCUUUUGAGAAGAAUGAUCAAAGAGGCACCCAAUCUAGCCAAUAUGGUCCCCCCACCUUCCCUCAAAAGCGUUGCUGCUCUGAGGCAGACAGUGGCAGUGGGGAGGCUAAGAGGUUUCUAAGUUCUCCGAGUACAAGUGCUCCAAAUACUGACUUGUCUCACUCUUGCAAUGGAACCACAGACUUCAAUGACCAUAAGCACUCUGGCGGACAUGACUUUGAAAUCCUGGACUUCAACCAAGAUGAACCCAUAGACCUCAGCUGUGUAAGGUCGAGAGAAGAGAGAAAAUUUUCUACACAUUCUCAGAUUGAAAACUCUAUAGCAAUUGGGAAAGAAGCAGUGUCCACACCAGAACAAGUAGAGAUAGAAGUGAAAAAAUCUGUUCCAAGCUUUACACCGUUUCUGGGGAAUAUAAUAAUCACUGAUGUCACAGCGAACUGCCUCACAGUGACAUUCAAGGAGUAUGUUAAGUUUAGGAAUAUGUGACAGAUAUAAAGUCUAUAAAGACUACUGACUAUUUACUGUGAAUUUUUUACAAAUGUAAAGCAUGUCUAAUCAUCAAGUCUUCAAACUUGCCUGAAUAUUUUGAAACAAUCUAGUGUAAAGUUUUGAUAGUUUCAGACUGCAUUCGAAUAAACUGAAUUAAUUUUCGAAUUCACGCAUUUAACUAUUCCAUGUUAGGGAUAGAAAAAAUAAACUAAACAGGUUUUCCUGUUAAUAGCUUGUAUAUAGCUCAAAGCUGUUUGAAGUGCUGUAUUUCAGAAGGCUUAAAUAUAAGGAGCACUUACUACACAUGUAAUACUGAGAAACUUUUCUACUGAUCUGUAUUUUAUAGUCCUUGUUUAAAAUGUCACUUGAAAUGUGUUAUUUAGGUUUGUCUAAGCAUAUUAAAAGUUUUAUUUUA